CUUAAAUGUUCCAGGGUGCUGGACCUGCUUAAUUUUAUCCAGGACCCAGUCUAACGUUUCUGAGGAAAGGCCCUUCCGAUUCGCAACGAUAAUUCAGGACUACACCCAUGGUCGAUAUGGCUACCUGCAAUUGCUUCUGCAGCCUUACUGAUGGCGUUAAGUCACGUGUAGCACGCGUGUUUGGGAGGACUGAGCCUCGUUGACCCCGCACGAUGGUUAGGCCGCCGUUGUCAAUGAACCUGAAGGUGAACAUAGUGAUCAGUUCCAAUGGCAGAAGCGCUCGGCGUCGCGUCGAGCGUUAUCGCUGUGGUUGAUCUGUCGGCCAAGGUAAUCAGCUGGUGCGUACGAUACGCCCAGGAUGUAUCGCACGCCAAAGAGGACAAGAAGAGGCUGACAGAAGAGCUCACGCGUCUGAACCUAGCAUCAGUGAACGCUCGCAACCUGUUGGAUGGGCCGCAUGGCUCAAGACUCAAAGCAUCUCAUGCGCUCCUUCUGGCAACAGUCGACAGCCAAUCUGAGCUUGAGCGUAUCGUGAGGCAGUUUGCCGAGAGAAAUGGGCAGGGUAGAGUUAGCUUUGAGGCUUUGAACUGGCCAUUCACGAGCAAGAAUCUUCAGUCAGUAAUCCGGGAUCUGCAGCGGUGUACCGAAGCUAUUUAUACAGCCUUGGAAGUCGACCAGACCUCGAUCCUUCUCGACGUCGACCACCGAACGGCUCUUGAUCAGCUAUGUAUAGCGAAAGGUGCCUCUUUCGAUUCGUACGCCGAAGAGCACAACCCGACAUGCUUGCAAAACACUAGAGUGGAGCUGCUCGAGGAUGUUUACCGUUGGAUCGAUGAUUCCGACUUGAAAACAAUAUUUUGGCUGAACGGCAUGGCUGGGACUGGAAAGUCGACUAUUGCACGCACCGUCGCUCAAAUCCGGCGCCACCGCGGUGAUCUUGGCGCUAGUUUCUUCUUCAAGAGAGGAGAGACUGACCGAGGUACCCUGGCCAAAUUUGUGCCUACCCUAGCCCGCCAGCUGGCCUGGAGCAUACCGGGAGUUGCACCGUUCAUCAAGAAUGCAGUCGAUGCUGAUCCAGCGGUCGCUGACAAGGCCGUGAGAGAACAGUUCGAAAAGCUCAUUCAAGAACCACUGUCAAAAGCAACGGCAACAUCAUCAACCCCACCGUCAGUCGUAAUAGUCAUUGAUGCUUUAGACGAGUGCGAGCGAGAGGCCGAUAUCAGAUUGCUGAUCAACAUUCUCUCACAAACUCGAAUUUUCCGUCCACGUCUCCGAAUUUUCUUAACAAGCAGGCCGGAACUUCCAGUUCGGCUGGGGUUCAGCGAGGCCCAAGACACCUACCAAGACUUAGUUCUUCACAAAAUUCCAGCGCAAAUCGUUAAGCAUGAUAUAUUUGCCUUUUUGGACGAUGAAUUCAGGAAGAUCCGACAUGAUUUCAACAUGACCGUGGGGGAUGAGCGAAUGCUACCAUCCGAUUGGCCAGGGCAUCAAACGUUACAAGACCUCACACGGAUGGCUGUACCGCUCUUCAUUUUCGCGGCGACCGUUUGUCGGUUCAUCAGCGAUCGUAGGUGGAAUCCUCAAACACAGUUGCGAAAGGUUUUGAACCAAGGGAACCAAAGUCAUGGGUCUCACCUUGACCAGACCUAUGGGCCCGUCUUACGCUCCCAAAUCGCCGACGUCUCAAAAGACGACAGAGAGCAAAUCAUCAAAAGUUUCAGAGCAAUCGUUGGCAGUAUCGUUACCUUUGCAAGUCCUUUGUCUGUAACGAGCCUAUCACGACUGCUCAACGUCUCCCCUGACGUAGUGGAUGAAAGGUUAGAUGCACUCCAUUCUGUCUUGAGCAUCCCGCUCAAACGGACAGUGUCCGUGCGGUUACUGCAUCUGUCAUUUCGAGAUUAUCUUGUCACCGAGAAAAGCGAGUUCUGGGUGGAUGAGAGACUCACCCACCGAAACUUGGCAAAACACUGUUUACGACUUAUGCGCGGUGCUCUGCGUGAGAAUAUAUGCGGCCUGUCUUUCCCAGGUAUGCGUCGAUCUGUGGCGGACGGUGCACAACUCGAGAAACGCAUACCUCCAGAACUUCAAUAUGCAUGUAUGUACUGGGUCUAUCAUCAGAUGAGGGUCAAUUUUGAGCCAAAUGACACACAAGACGUUUACGAGUUCCUAACGACACACUUUCUUCAUUGGAUGGAGACGCUGAGCUUGAUGGGCCGAGCUGGUGAAGGUCUCGACUCAGUUAGGUCGUUGAUGGAUCAGCUAGAGAACCGAGGAGAUUCGAGCCUGUUUGAUUUCCUGGUCGAUGCAGUUAGGUUCGUUCAGGCGAGUUUCUCUGUGAUCAAUGAAGCACCGUUGCAGAUCUAUUCUUCUGCCCUUGUUUUCGCUCCGAAGAGGAGCAUCAUCAGAAAGACAUUCGAAAGUCGUAUCCCAGAAUGGUUAAGUGUUUGGCCACAGGCCCGAGAAGACUGGGAUGCGUGCUUAUUGACGCUAGAGGGCCAUAACGAUGGGGUCACGUCGGUGGUGUUCUCACACGACUCGACGAUGUUGGCAUCGGCCUCUCGCGAUAAGACGGUACGGAUCUGGAACCCAAAGACGGGGAAGUGCGAACGCGUGCUGCAGGGUCAUGGCCAUGAGGUCAUGUCUGUGGUGUUCUCACACGACUCGACGAUGGUGGCAUCGGCCUCUCGCGAUAAGACGGUACGGAUCUGGAACCCAAAGACGGGGAAGUGCGAACACGUGCUGCAGGGUCAUGGCCACGGGGUCACGUCAGUGGUGUUCUCACACAACUCGACGAUGGUGGCAUCGGCCUCUUGGGACAAGACGAUCCGGAUAUGGGAUACAAGGACGGGGAAGUGCGAACAUAUGAUGGAGGGCCAUAGUGACUGGGUCUGGUCGGUAGUGUUUUCACACGACUCGAUGAUGGUGGCAUCGGCUUCUGGUGACAAUACAGUCCGGAUCUGGGAUACAAGGGCGGGAAAGUGUGAUCCUGUGCUGGCGGGCCAUAGCUCGUAUAUCAAUUCGGUGGUAUUCUCACAUGAUUCGACGAUGGUGGCAUCGGCCUCUGGUGACAAGACAGUCCGGAUCUGGGAUACAAGGACAGGAAAGUGUGAGCAUGUGCUGGCGGGCCAUAGCGAUGGGAUCUGGUCGGCGGUAUUCUCACACGACUCGACGACGGUGGCAUCGGCCUCUGGCGACAAGACGAUCCGGAUCUGGAAUCCAAGGACGGGGAAGUGUAAACGUGUGCUGGCGGGUCAUAGCGGCGAGGUCAACUCGGUAGUAUUCUCACAUGACUCUAUAAUGGUGGCAUCGGCCUCUGGUGACAAUACAGUCCGGAUCUGGGACCCAAAGACGGGAAAGUGUGAGCGUGUGCUGGAGGGUCAUAGCGACGAGGUCGUAUCAGUGGUUUUCUCACACGACUCGACGACAGUGGCAUCGGCCUCUUGGGACAAGACGAUCCGGAUCUGGGAUCUAAGGACGAGGAAGUGCGAACAUGUAAUGGAGGGCCAUAGUGACGCGGUCAACUCGGUAGUAUUCUCACACGACUCAACAAUGGUGGCAUCGGCCUCUGGAGACAAGACGGUACGGGUAUGGGACCUACAAACGGGGGCAUGUAGAGAGGUCCUUUCGUUAGACUCCUACACGGAAGUACUUUCUUUUCUGCCUGAUGAGUCUGGCGUUGUCACUGGUAAUGGCGUAUUUGCUUUACCUGGCGACCUCGUAUCUUCCGCGGAGCCUCCCAUGUCAUCGCAGCCCUUGGUGGUCUCAACACUUGGCUUACAGGACGAGACCUGGGUGACCACGGCAGGAAGGGAUUUUCUUUGGCUACCUGCUGAUUGUCGCAGUGGAGCAGCAGCUAUUUCGGCCGAUACAGUUGCGAUAGGUUGCCUAUCAGGAAGGCUUAUAGUAUUGGGUUUUCUGGGGCUGAAGUAG